AAAUUACAAAUUGAUACGAAAGUUCUAACUUUCGGUGUUUAUGGGAAAGAUGAAYUGUAUUUAAAUGAUUUUAUUCUUAUUUGGUGCCAAACAGAUGCACAAUCGGUAGGCGUGUGCUACGGACGAAAUGGUGAUGGUUUGCCCUCAGAACCKGACGUGGUAACRCUUUACAAAAACAACGGCAUAACCAGGAUGCGUAUAUAYGAUCCAGAUCAAAAUACUCUUCAAGCCCUCAAGGGAUCCAAUAUCGAAGUCAUGCUCGGUGUUCCUAAUGAUGCUCUGCAAUCCCUCAACGAUCAAAAUGCUGCAACCACGUGGGUUAGAGACAACAUCCAAAAUUACCCAGAUGUCAAGUUUAGAUACGUCGCUGUUGGAAACGAAGUCGAUCCAAAUAAGGAAAGCGGUCAAUACGCAGGCUUCGUACUYCCAGCAAUGCAAAAUGUUCACAACGCCAUUAACGCUGCAGGUCUAGGGGGCCAAAUUAAGGUGUCAACUGCAACCUACACCGGUCUCUUAGCCACCUCCUCUCCACCAAGCAAUGGCGCAUUUGAUGGCAAUGUGCGGGGAUUUAUUGAGCCGAUAAUUAGAUUUCUAGCCCAAAACAACUUGCCAAUGCUUGCUAACAUCUACCCCUAUUUUGGAAACCCRAGUUCAAAUCUCCCGUAUGCAUUGUUUACUGCAMCAGGACCAGUUGUGAAUGAUGGCAMUCGACAAUACUCCAACCUUUUUGACGCUAUGUUAGAUGCUCACUAUGCAGCUCAAGCACCUCUUGGUGGAGAGGAUGUGGAGAUUGUGGUGUCAGAGAGCGGAUGGCCUUCGGCAGGCGGCGACCCUGUAGCAACAGUGGAAAAUGCUAAAACUUACAAUAACAAUUUGAUUCAACAUGUCAAAGGAACGAACGGGACGCCAAGGAAGCCUGGAAGAUCCAUAGAGACGUACAUAUUUGCCAUGUUUGAUGAAAAUAAGAAAGAKGGAGCAGAAACUGAAAAACAUUUCGGAAUUUUCUCCCCAAAUCAGCAACCCAAGUAUGAAGUGAACUUCAAUUAGGGAAACCCACAAUUUCCAAACUAUAAAUAAUAAUACAUAUGGACAAURAAGUGGGUUUCCACUGUUCAAUACACUGAUGAUGGAAUAAAGAAAGUCAGUUAUAGAUUGGUUUGUAUCA